UCUGGAAGCUCCGAAUUCUCCACUUUUCAACUCUUCAACAGCUUUCUUCUCCUUAUCUUCACCCCUUUUAAGUCCUCUAAUCACAACCCUCUCUUUUGUUUCUCAGCCCGAGAUUUCUGUUCUGUUUUUCGUUAUGGUUCUGCCUUUUUAUCAAUAAAAUUUUUCUUCAUAAGACUUAUGAUAUGAACUGCCUUUCUUCAUUCUCACAGAUUCUUUUCUUCCAUUCAGUGUCUGUUGUCAUUCUUCAUUGGUUUUACGUCUUCUCAAUAAUUUUGGUUUGAUUUUUCCUUUUUUGUUGUCAUUAUUUUUUGUUUUCUUUUGGCUGCAAGGAAUUCUAGUUUGAUUUUACCCGAGUUUUACAAGUUCUUGAAGGUACUGUAUUACCUUUACUAUCCUAGAUUCUAAGGCUGCUGUUAUUCUAAUUCUACCCCAAGAAGAUGUCGAAUCCCCUCCCACAGACGAGCUCAGGGUCUGAGGCAGAUGCUCGCUGCAUGGCCAUGGAUGAAAAGAAGAGAAAGAGGAUGCUAUCAAACCGAGAAUCUGCAAGACGAUCACGAAUGAAGAAGCAAAAGCUGUUGGAGGACUUGGUCAGAGAGGUUGCUUCUUUGAAUGUAGAGAUAUGCAGGAAUGCUGACAAUUAUGAAAUUUUAAUGCAGAAGACUUUUGUUCUGGAGUCAGAAAACAAUCUCCUGAAGGCCCAAAAGUUGGAGUUGGCUCAAUAUUUAAGGAAUCUGGAACUGAUGCAAACUCACAUGGACCUGUUGCAAAUGAACUUGAUGCAGCCUGGAAGCUUUUCCGAUCGAACUGCUGACAUCAAGGAACCCCAUUUGGAGUCUUGGCAGUGUCAUGGUUCUGGUCAGCCCAUCAUGGCCUCUGUUGGGAUGUUCAACUAUUAAAUUUUGUUCCAAGACUUUGGAUUUCUCAUGUACAAAAUGACUAGAUUCAAUUGGUUUUCUAGUCUGGUAUUUUUGCAGUUUGUACAUACAUGAAAUAAAACCUUGCUUCCAGUGUUUCUUUACAGUUCA